AAUUCCGGGUCAUUCCAAUCACACCCCAUGCUUCCGUCGACUUUCCCCUUUCACUAUUCUCUCAAUUAUUCUUCCAUUCCAAUUCCAUGGUAGCUUCAACCAUCGCAACACAGUAACCAAAUCUCACACCCCCCUUUUUUCUCAAAAACCCCCCAACCUUCAUCACCAAUGGCAACAAGAAGAUCCAUACCCCUCCUCAAACACCUCCUCUCAACCCGAUCCCAAUCCGAACCAUUCACUAUCUCAAAGCGAUGCGUAACCUACAUGCACCGUCCCGGCGACGGAACUCCCCGUCCCGUAACCCUAAUCCCCGGCGACGGGAUCGGCCCACUCGUAACCGGCGCCGUUGAGCAACUAAUGGAAGCGAUGCACGCGCCAGUUUACUUCGAGAAAUUCGACGUACAUGGUGACAUGAAAGCUGUACCUACGGAAGUUCUUGAAUCGAUCCGUAAGAAUAAGGUUUGUCUUAAAGGUGGAUUGGUUACUCCUAUGGGUGGUGGUGUUAGUUCGCUUAAUGUUCAGUUGAGGAAAGAGCUUGAUCUUUAUGCUUCUCUUGUUAAUUGUUUUAAUCUUCCUGGGUUACCUACACGACAUGAUAACGUUGAUAUUGUAGUUAUUAGGGAGAAUACUGAAGGGGAGUAUGCUGGUCUUGAACAUGAGGUUGUUCCCGGUGUCGUCGAAAGUCUUAAGGUGAUAACAAAGUUCUGUUCUGAGCGUAUUGCUAAAUAUGCGUUCGAGUAUGCUUACCUGAAUAACAGAAAGCAAGUGACUGCUGUCCACAAAGCAAAUAUAAUGAAGCUUGCAGAUGGUUUGUUCUUGGAAUCUUGUCGAGAGGUUGCCACAAAGUAUCCUGGAAUUAAAUACAACGAAAUUAUUGUAGACAAUUGUUGCAUGCAGCUUGUUUCAAAGCCCGAGCAGUUUGAUGUCAUGGUUACCCCAAAUCUGUAUGGAAAUCUAGUUGCAAAUACUGCGGCAGGCAUUGCUGGAGGCACUGGAGUCAUGCCAGGAGGUAAUGUUGGUGCUGAGCAUGCUGUGUUUGAGCAGGGUGCUUCAGCAGGAAAUGUUGGUAAUGAGAAAGUAGCGGCACAAAAGACAGCUAACCCAGUGGCGCUUCUUCUCUCAUCAGCUAUGAUGCUUAGGCAUCUCCAGUUUCCUGCAUUUGCGGACCGUUUGGAAAACGCUGUUGAAAAAGUCAUUCUAGAGGGCAAGUAUCGGACAAAGGAUCUUGGAGGGACAAGCACCACCCAAGAAGUUGUCGAUGCAGUAAUAGAUGCUUUAGAUUGAUUCAUUUAGUUGCUGAUUUCUCAAAUACAAGUCAGCCUCGUACAAUCUUUUAUAGUCAAUUUUAUCAACAUUGUUGUGCACCCAUCAAAUUGGAAAUAGCAUUCUUUUGUCCUGAAUAAUGUUUAUGCAACAACACACAAAAUGAUGUAAUAUUUUUUCUCCUGAAAAAUUCAGAGUGACAAGUGGUUCUCACUUCUAUCGAAACAUUUGAUUUUCUACUUAUUAUUAUUGAUUAAUUGUUAUGACC